UUGUUGAUGAAAGAAAGUGGUAGAAGCUUGCACCCCAAAUAUAAAAUGGCGGAGGAAGUGAAACUGUUGGACUUUUGGGGCGGCAUGUUCGGGAUGCGAGUAAGAAUCGCCCUGGCCGAGAAGGGCGUGGCCUACGAAUAUGUGGAACAAGAUCUAAGAAACAAGACCCCUUUGCUUGUGCGGAUGAACCCAAUUCACAAGAGAGUACCUGUUCUUGUUCAUAAUGGAAAACCCAUCUCUGAAUCUUCCAUCAUCGUUCAGUAUAUUGAUGAAACCUGGAAGGACAGAGCUCCUCUGUUGCCGUCUGAUCCUUACCAGAGGGCUCAGGCCAGGUUUUGGGUGGAUUUCAUCGACAAGAAGCUUUACGUUGAAACGAGGAAGAUAUGGAUGAACAAGGGAGAGCAGCAGGAGGCAGGCAAGAAGGAGAUGAUAGCAAUUUUGAAGCAACUGGAAGAAGUUCUUGGGGAGAAGGCUUUCUUUGGAGGCGAGCGUUUGGGAUUCAUUGACAUUGGUUUGAUUGGAUUCUCAACUUGGUUUUAUAGCUAUGAAACCAUUGGGAAUUUCAGCAUCGAGGCUGAGUGUCCCAAGAUAAUGGGUUGGGUUAAGAGGUGCUUGCAAAAGGAGAGUGUUUCAAAGUCCUUGCCUGACCCCAUCAAAGUCUAUCACUUUGUGCUUCAAGUUAGGAGAGGGCUUGGCCUUGACUAACCAAAACUCUGCACCCUUUUUCACCUGUUCCUUGUUGUUCUAGUCUCGGUCUUGAAUAAGUUGUGAAGGAUUUGUGUGGAUAAUCGGUAUAACUAAAUCGAAGAUUGUUGACCCAA